AUGCCUGCACUCGACGUGCUCAUCAUUGGCGGUGGCCCUGGCGGCCUGGCGGUCGCGACGGGCCUCGCGCGGCAGCUCUACACGGCUGUCGUUUUCGACUCGGGUGUCUACCGCAACGCUCGCACCAAGCACAUGCACAACGUCCCGACUUGGGACCACCGCGACCCGGCCGACUUCCGGGCCAAGGCGCGUGCCGAUAUCCUCGCGCGCUACGACACGAUUCAGUUCGAGGAGACCAAGGUCGAGUCCGUGCGCCGCACUGACAACGGGCGCUUCGAGGCGACUGACGCCAAGGGCACGACCUGGUCCGGCAAGAAGAUUGUCCUGGCCUCUGGCGUCCGCGACAUCUACCCCGACAUCCCCGGCUACGAUGACGUCUGGGGCCGUGGAGUAUACCAUUGCCUGUUCUGUGACGGGUUCGAGGACCGCGACUCUGCCUCUGCAGGCGUUCUCGCAAUUGGCGACAUCGCCAAGAUGCCGCCCGCCCUUCACCUCUCUCGCAUGGCCAAGCGGCUCGCCAAGAAGGUCAUCAUCUACACCGACGGCUCAUCCGAGCUGUCAAACCAGCUCGUGACGGCGCUGGGCAACGACACGGUCAUCUCAAUCGACGACCGCCGCGUAACGAAGCUCCAAAAGGUCAAAGACGACUCCUCCGAGACCAUUGUGCAUCUGGAGGACGGCACGAGCAUCUCGCACGGUUUUGUUGUCCACAAGCCCAAGAGCCAAGUCAGUGGCCCGUUUGUAGAGCAACUGGGUCUGGAGAUCAACGAGAUGGGUGUCAUCAAGACGAACCAGCCGUUCUACGAGACCACGGUUCCUGGAGUCUUUGCGGUCGGCGACUGUGCAGCGCCCAUGCCCGCCGUGGUGAACGCAUUGGCGAUGGGUGCGUUUGCCGCUGGUGGACUCGUCGCACAGCUUGGAGCCGAGUAA